AUGAAGGCCGUUACAUUCCUUGCUUUGCUUGCUCCUGCUGCCCUUGUCUUGGCCCAAGACAUUCCUACUGAUCUCCCCAGCGGUAUUCCCACUGAGAUUCCUUCCGUUUCCCCUGAAGAUAUCAGCAGCUACCAAAGCUACUACUCUGAGCACGCUAGCGAGCUUUCCGACUGGGCCAAUUCUGCCAUGAGCGCUUUGCCUUCUGAUGUCCGUGAAAGCGUCAGCAGCGCUGUUGCCGAAGCUACCAACGCUGCUGCUGGUAACAAGGAUGGUGAGAGCGCUGCCACCAAGGCCACCGUUGGCGUUGCUGUUGCUGGAUCCGUUUUCCUUGCUGCUGUCGCUGGCAUGUUUGUGUAA